AUGGUCCACAAGGCCGCCCUCGAGCCCCUCCGCAAGGGUUUCCCCCGUUCCGUCGGCGUCGCCGGCUACCAGCACUUCCUUACCCCGCUGCGCAAGCUUAUCUUUGACUUUGACGCCGAGUCGCCGUCCCAGGCUGGUUUGAGGACAUACCUCCAGAAGCCGCUGGUUGAGCUCGCGCGCGAGAACCCGGACGUCGAGGUUGUUGUGCGCAAGCAGAAGCGCGGGACUGCCGCCGUCAUCCGCGGACACUACGUCAACGGCCGCGACAAGGUCAUCUGCGUGAACAAGCUCGAGGCAACUGCCGUGGCCAAGAAGGUCGAGCUGCUGCUCAACGCGUCUGGCGCCAAGCUCAAGCCGCUCAAGAAUGCGACGCUCGAGGCUGGGCCCGGCAACGAGGCCGCGCGUGGUAUCUGGAGCGCGCUGCACGACGCUGCCAAGCCCGCAGGCGGGUACAGGAUAUAA